CCGGAAGUAAUCGGUUUUCAGCGUGGGGUCCUUUGCAGUGUUUGAUACUGUCAUAUUUUCAGCGUAAAAUUGCAAUAUUGUUGUGAAUUGAUUCCCGUUAAUAGUGGCUGGGAUAACGAAUAAUGAGUUCAGGCGAAGAAAGUCGAGGUCAAAAGCGAUCAGUUGAUGGAACAGAGGAUGUGCACUCUGCCAACAGUUGGGAAACUGCUAAUCUUGGCGAUGACCAAAGAAGACAAAAAUUUCUCAGACUUAUGGGUGCAAGCAAGAAAGAACACCAUGGUAGAUUUAAAAUAGGUGAACAGCAAGUGCACCAUGCUAGAUCAGGUGACGAGGAAAAGAAAAUUGAAGAGGAAUUAGAAUCUCAGUUUCAGCAUUCAUUAGAUGAAAAACUGGCAGGUAGAAGUCGCAGACAUGUAGGCUUGGGGUUUAAAGAAGAAGAAGCAGAAGAAGUAGUGACUAGGCCUGAAAGGAAAGGGAAUGGCAAACCAAAUCCACAGAAAAAAGAUGAAGUUAAGGAUAAAGAUGGAGGAGACGAGAAAGAAAAAGAUGACAGAGACAACAUAAAAGAGGGGAAGAAAAGAGAACAGAAAAAGCCUGAAAAAUUAGAAGAGAGCUCGGAAUGUGAUGCUAAAAAUACUGAAAAUGUAGGAAAUAAGGAUUCUUUGAAAAGCAAAGAUAGUGAAAUGGAUGAAAAAGUGUCAUCAUCAACUAAUUAAAAUAAUUUUAAGCUGGUGGAAAAAGGAGAUUGCAAUUUAUUUGAAGAUGUAUUGAGAUUUGUUAGAAGUAUUGUGCAUUAAUGGAUCCGAUUCUGUUCAGAGAGUGAUUGCGUAACAUUUUGGUAAUAUGUUCAAUUCACUUUUACACAGGCCUCUAGUCUCAAACAGGAAUGAUUUGCAACUGUAAAAUUGAUUUUCGUCAUGUGAUGGAAUGAGAGUUGGCUUGCAGCAGAUGACUGGUUUGUAACUUGUAUGUGAUCAGGAUCUUGCAGAAAACAUGUACUGACAACGUUGGAUGACUAAUGUGCCUGUAACUAGUAUGAUGUGUUUACUGCAGAGUCAACAUGUGCACAUUUCAACUUUUGAUUUGUUACUCCUAGUUCCUAUCACAUUUUUUUUAAAUAUUUGAUUUUUUUUUCCAAAUAAAUAAACUGAAGGACGAAA